CCGUGAAGAAAGUUUUCCUUAUAUGGAGAGGGGCUGCAGCUCGAGCGUACUUAAAAAUCAGAAGCUCGGCGUCGCAGUCACGUUCAGACUCUCGCUGCGCUACUUCAUCACGCUCACCUGACACCGAAAAUGGAAGACGAAAUUGCCGCCCUCGUCGUGGACAAUGGAUCCGGUAUGUGCAAAGCUGGCUUUGCGGGAGACGACGCGCCACGUGCCGUCUUUCCCUCCAUCGUGGGACGUCCCAGACAUCAGGGUGUGAUGGUCGGCAUGGGCCAGAAGGACAGCUAUGUCGGUGACGAGGCGCAGAGCAAGAGGGGAAUCCUGACCCUCAAGUACCCCAUCGAGCACGGCAUCGUCACCAACUGGGACGACAUGGAGAAGAUCUGGCACCACACCUUCUACAAUGAGCUGAGAGUGGCCCCCGAGGAGCACCCAGUCCUGCUCACAGAGGCCCCCCUCAACCCCAAGGCCAACAGGGAGAAGAUGACCCAGAUUAUGUUUGAGACCUUCAACACCCCCGCCAUGUACGUGGCCAUCCAGGCCGUGCUGUCCCUGUACGCCUCCGGUCGUACCACCGGCAUCGUCAUGGACUCCGGCGACGGCGUCACCCACACCGUGCCCAUCUACGAGGGCUACGCGCUGCCCCACGCCAUCCUCAGGUUGGACCUGGCCGGCAGGGACCUCACGGACUACCUCAUGAAGAUCCUGACUGAGCGAGGCUACAGCUUCACCACCACAGCCGAGCGUGAGAUCGUGCGUGACAUCAAAGAGAAGCUUUGCUACGUCGCACUGGACUUUGAGCAGGAAAUGGGCACCGCUGCCUCCUCCUCCUCCUUGGAGAAGAGCUACGAGCUGCCUGACGGUCAGGUCAUCACUAUUGGCAAUGAGAGGUUCCGUUGCCCUGAGGCCCUCUUCCAGCCUUCAUUCCUCGGAAUGGAGUCUUGCGGCAUCCACGAGACCACGUUCAACAGCAUCAUGAAGUGCGACGUGGACAUCCGUAAGGACCUGUACGCCAACACGGUCCUGUCUGGCGGCACCACCAUGUACCCUGGCAUCGCUGAUCGUAUGCAGAAGGAAAUCACUUCCCUGGCUCCCACCACCAUGAAGAUCAAGAUCAUCGCUCCCCCUGAGAGGAAAUACUCCGUAUGGAUCGGAGGCUCCAUCCUGGCUUCCCUGUCCACCUUCCAGCAAAUGUGGAUCAGCAAGCAAGAGUAUGACGAGUCCGGCCCCAGCAUUGUCCACAGGAAGUGCUUCUAAAGAGACUGUCGGAGCCCCCAUUCCUCCCCCCCCCCCACCCCUCUCGAACACACUGCUACCAAACAAGUGGCUCUGCGUACAAGCCUCCCAACAACACUGUAUGCUGAGCCUGCAACACCUCAUCCUUUUCUUUCCCUCAUCACAAUGGCUAUGGCAUCAUGCCCCCUGAUGGGGAGGGGAGCUCUGCUGGAAGCACAGAGCGUCCCUUUGCGGUGUGAAUGUGAGGAACAUGAUGCCCAUUGUCGUGUUUGUCAUUCCAAAAAAUGUCUUGUUUGUUCACCUUAUUUGCCUCUAUGAAGGUUUAACCGCUGCUGGGCCCCCCUCUGCCCGACAGACAUGUAGUAUUGCUUAAUAUGUAAGUUAUAAUCUGAAUUUGUUUUGUUUUUGUACUUUCAGCCUUAAUAUUUGGUCCAGUUUUAUUUUUAUUUUUUUCAAGAUGCAAAAAAAAAUUGACCUUGUGAAUGGUGGUGUUUAUGAAGGUUUGUGUAUGGAGCAACAUGCCUCCGGUUCCACAAAAACCAAUAAAGCGCACAUGGCUGAGA